UGGCCUGUCAGGCCGCUUCCGGGCGGCGCCGAGGAGGCAGCGAGCAGCGGUAAGAUGGCGGCGGCGGCGGUGCUGGAGUUCCAGCGCGCCCAGUCCCUGCUCUCCACCGACCGCGAGGCCUCCAUCGGCAUCCUCCACUCCAUAGUGAAACGUGAUGUCCAGGAAAAUGAUGAAGAAGCAGUGCAAGUCAAAGAGCAGAGCAUCCUGGAGCUGGGGUCACUGCUGGCCAAGACCGGGCAGGCAGAAGAGCUGGGAGGGCUCCUGAAGUACGUCCGACCCUUCCUGAACUCCAUCAGCAAGGCCAAGGCCGCGCGCUUGGUCCGCUCCCUGCUCGACCUCUUCCUCGACAUGGAGGCAGCCACAGGACAGGAGGUUGACCUGUGCUUAGAGUGUAUUGAAUGGGCCAAAUCAGAGAAGAGGACCUUCCUACGCCAGGCUCUGGAGUUCUAG